CCUCUGCAGAGGCCCGGAGUGAGUCAGCCCGGCGGUAUAUAGCGCUGCGCGGGCGGCUUCUGUGUUUGCAGAGCAGUCGGUUCCAUUGAGUCUCCUAUUAGGUGUCGGCUUCGUAGCCAGCAACGUCGUGCACCAUGCAGUGGCAGCCUAUGGAGAUCAACCCCGAGAUGCUGAACAAAGUGCUGUCCCGGCUGGGAGUGGCCCCCGGCUGGCGCUUUGUGGAUGUGCUGGGGUUUGAGGAAGACUUGCUGAGCUCAGUGCCCACCCCAGCCUGUGCCCUGCUCUUGCUCUUUCCUCUCACUGCCCAGCAUGAAAACUUCAGGAAAAAACAGAUUGAAGAAUUGAAGGGACAAGAAGUUAGUUCCAAAGUGUAUUUUUUGAAACAGACGGUUGGCAAUUCCUGUGGGACAAUUGGCCUGAUACAUGCAGUUGCUAAUAACCAAGAUAAAUUUGCAUUUGAUGAUGGAUCAGCCCUGAAGAAGUUUCUCAAGGAAACAGCUGAUCUCUCUCCUGCAGAGAGGGCAAAACAUCUUGAAAAUAACAAGGCUAUUCAGGAAGUCCAUAAUACUGUUGCACAAGAGGGCCAAUGUCAAGUAGAAGAGGAUAAAGUGAACUUCCAUUUUAUUCUGUUUGUCAAUGUGGAUGGACACCUGUAUGAAUUGGAUGGACGCAUGCCAUUCCCUGUCAAUCAUGGAGAAAGUUCAGAUGACUUGCUGUUGAAGGGUUCUGCCAAGAUCUGCAGACAGUUCACAGAACGUGAGAGGGGAGAAGUUCGCUUUUCUGCUGUGGCUCUCUGCAAGUCUGCCUGAGAUGCUGAAGAGGGAGUUGGAGGAAGGCAAUCUGAGAGCACAUCAGUAAACGCAGUCUCAAUCUUUCAUUGCUUCAGUGCUUGUGAAAUAUAGCUGGUUUGGCCAGUCUAAACAGUUCUGCAGAACUAGUUCCACCUCCAGUAUACACACAUCAGAAGAGUUUGAGAGAAAUAAGCUCAGACUCUAAUAUGAACUGUUCUGACAACUGUCUUUGGACUCUUAGGCCUUGACUUUUCACACAUUCAGUUUAAAAAAAAAAAAAAAUUAUUUACAUGGCUUGUUUAACCUGUGCCUAAAGUUAAACUUUGAUUCCUGUACUUAAUAGGAUAAAUAAACUCUUCUGCUGUUGAAGUUA